GAAUAUGACAGAAGAAAAAAAAAGAACUCUUAUUGGUACAUGAAGUUCACUUUCCAUCUAUUUUAGAAACAAAAAACAUCAGAGUAGAAGCAAGAAAACUGAUCAACCAUGGAGUUUAGAUCCACUCUUUCCAUCUUACUUCAUGCACUUCUUCUGUUCCAGUUUGUGAGCGAAAGCAGAGCCAGAGACAUUGCAAAAACUUCUCCAGAAGAAACUCUAAAUCCACAACUCAAUAUUUUCUUCACUCCAAAAGAUUUAAAAAUUGGAAAAAUUAUGCCUCUGUUUUUUGCACUAAAAGACCAUUCAACUUCUCCUCAUUUACUUUCUAGAGAAGAAGCAAAUUCAAUUCCAUUUACUUCAUCAAAUCUUACUUAUCUUCUUAAUUUUUUCUCAUUUUCUAAAGAUUCACCUCAAGCAAAAGCUAUGGAAGACACAUUUUUCCACUGCGAAAUCUCAGCAAUGAAUGGCGAAUCCAAAUUCUGCGCUACUUCAUUAGAAUCAAUGCUCGAUUUUGUUCAAGAGAUUUUAGGAUUUCACACCAAACUCGAUGUAUACACUACAGAAUUCUUGAAAAAAUCCCCUGUUACUUUACAAAAUUACACAAUUUUGCAAAAACCAAAGGAGAUUUUAGAGCCAAAAUUAGUUGCUUGUCAUACUUUGCCUUACCCUUAUGCUGUUUUCUAUUGCCAUAUGCAAAAAGGGGAAAAUAAAUUAUUCAAGAUUUCACUUUUGGGUGAAAAUGGAGAUAGAAUUGAAGCUGCUGCAAUUUGUCAUAUGGAUACUAAAGAAUGGAAUCAUGAUCAUGUUGCUUUUAGAGUGUUGAAAGUUCUCCCUGGAAGUUCCCCUGUUUGUCAUUAUUUUCCAGUAGAUAAUCUUGUUUGGGUUCCAUCAUUAUCAAUGUAAAUUUCUACUAUGUACUAGCUAGUAUUGUGUUAUGUUGCUCGGACUUUUUAAAAUCUUGUUUAGUUUGUGUUGGGAUCUUUCAAAAUAGUGUGCUUUUAGAGGAUCUGACAUGUGUGCCGUGUGAGGCAUCAUUUGUAAAGAGAUCGAGCAACAUAAGUGGUAUGUGGUACUCUUGUUUGAAUUCAAUGAUGGACCUUUAUACAUUUGC